UCAGAAAGCAUCAGAGAGACAGGAGGCGCUUGGCAGGGGCAGAGCUGAAAUAAGCCCAGCCAAGGUACCUGAGCUGUAGCAACUCACAGGGAGAGCAGCUUGAGAUAUGGCCAAGCAAAGAAGACUCUGUCUCCCCAGGCAGGGGAUCUGCUUAGUUUUGUUGAUGGACCUGUGGCUGCGGGUGGAGCUGGCUCUGGCGACCGAGUGCUCCAAUGAUGAAUUCAAAGUGGUGACCAAGGAGGGUAUUACAAACUGCAUCACGUGCAGCUCAGUGACACUCGGCCUUUCGGAUCCAUGCCCUGACAUCCUGAAACCGACCUGUAAGUGUAGUCCUGGGUACCAGUGUAGUAAUCUUCCAUGUACGACCUGCAGGCCACUCCCUCAGUGCAAGGCGGGGACGGAGCUGAACAAAUCAGGCACUGAUCACUUCAAAUUCACCUGUGAACCCUGUAAAAAUGGAACCUAUUCUGACACUCUGAACAGCUGUUGUAGGCCUUGGACUAACUGUGAGAGUUCUGGAUUACGAACAAUCAGGCCAGGAAAUCAUACCCAUAAUGUGGAAUGUGGCAUUUUCAGAGCUGUGACCCCAGUUCAGCAGCAAGAUUCCAAGUACACCACCAUCCUGGCGAUAUUGACUGCACUGGGUGUAUUCAUUCUCAUCCUGAUGACUUUCUUCCUGCACCUUUGCUUAUGGACGCUGAAGAAAGAGAAACUCCACAUCAUUGAAGAGCCUGACCAUCCCAGCAUUCUGCUGCCACCGACGUGCCGCCUGAUCGAAGAUACUUACAGCUGCCAGUUCCCAGAGGAAGAACAUGGAGGCAAAAUCGCUGAAGGAAAACUCUCUUAUUGCCCUAGUGUGGGGCCACACUGAAGUUGCAGAUGGAGUGAGAGUUGCUGCCAGAGGAGCAGAGCUGGGCUUGUCAAACGUAGAGCAGAGAGGGACAAAGGGGCAAUUUUAAACAUAGCAGCAAGAAGUGGGCUUUUGUAACAGAUUUUGUGUUAGAAAUUGAGGAACCACUAACUCAAGCUGACAUUUAGUGCAGCCAGAAUCCCAGCUCUAUGUUCCUCCUUUUCUGAGCCCAAGUCCUCCUGAACUCAGUCCGGGACUAGAAUAUCCGGCUCUGAUUUUCCCCUGGGCAUCCUCUGCUCAUGACCCUCGCUUACUGUGUUGCAUUUCCGUGGUGUGUCAGGGUCUCUCCAUGAGGCCCUACAGUUGCCUCUCUCCUGGCCAUGUGAGUAUGUCCCUGGGGAACUUAACUGAAGUUUUCAUCAGGUGUUUUACCAAGGUGGCACAUGUGUCUGUAGGACAUAUAUGAAGGGAGUGAGGGGGGCAAAGUGUGGCUAAAGGAGCAUUUUUAGUCCGCAAUACUGCAGUCAACCAUAUUGUAUUCCACUCGCCCCGUAUUGCCUUCCAUUGGUAGGUGAAAAGGGGAGCUCUCUCUGAAUCUGUGAAACGUUUUGCCCUCGGGUGGAAACAGGAUUUCCUUGAUGCUUUUGCUGAUGGCGCAAAUCUCAGUGCACAGCUCUUGUCCCUGUAUAGUUUCCAGUCUGAGGCUACGUCACUUAACAUGUCUGUGGGCCCUGCUCUGGAGACAAUCAAAGGCCCUUGUGUUUGUUUGCAGAGAUUCUUGCAGCAGAGCAAGAGCCUUGGCUUAGCGAUAGGAGAACAUGGGGGUGUUUUGGGUUCCAUGACACCUCAGGGAACAUUUGUUUUUUGCCAUGGGAGCCAUUUUUGUUUCAGGAAAAGUCAAUUAAAAAUACAAUCAAAAACCCAACCUGAGGCCUAUUUACAAACCACAAAGAAUCUGCUUUGUAAAUAAUUCUCACCCAGCUUCUAAACAAAACAAAGGCCAGGACUUGCACUUUUGGGCAGGGCCAAGGGAAAACUGUGCCGCCAAGAUCUAGCUCCUCGGCUGGUAUAGACCGGAGAAGUGCAAUGGACGAGACCAGCAAUUUCAGUGGGGCUACGCUGAUGUACGCCAGCUGCGGAUCCAGCCCCAGAAGUUUUGAAUUAUGUUAAACUUGAACCCCAGAUUUUCAUAGAGUACCACCACUGGUAGAAUGAAUCCCUUCUGCCUUAAUUUUAAAGGCCAAAUCCUCAUCUUUGUGGUCAAUCUCCUUCACCGGAGCUACUUUGCAUCAGCAAAGGAUGUGAUCUUUUGGCUAAGACUCAGUGUCUUUCUUUGACACCAUCCGAGUGCUAUGUAGUUUCCUAGCCCUGCCCUCCUCCCCCUGCCCCCUUCCAGGAAAGACCGAUAACUUUGGAGACAAAUCUCUUGAUGACUAAAAGCUCCCUGAGCCAGGAUGAGGUUUUGAGUCAGAGUUCAUACAAAGAAAAUGCAAAUACCACCUACCUCAAACCAGGACGUCAAUUUCCUCCUCUGAUUUUUGGCAAGAUAAUGAAGUUAGGCCUAUAAGUUAAGGCAAGCACUGGAAAUAUUAAUGCAUGGUGAAUAGAAAUUUGCAUUUUUCUGUUAAAUGAUAAUAAACUGUGUUAUCCUUAGCUGUACAGAUAUGUAAAAAGAAUGUGAUGCAGUCCCAUUGAUAAGGCCUGCUCAACAGAGGAAUCUCAUAUUUUGAAAGCAAUUCUGUACGUCUCUACAAUUCCUGAUCACACAUUCUGUAAUCAUUUGGGCGGAUCAUUGGAUUCCUCACACUGACACGUUUCCAUAAUUUCAGUGUGUCACCUUCAUACUGCCAAAGCAGAGUUCUAUGGGGAUUUAUUGUUCUAACAUUAUUUUGCUUGCUUCCUUUUGUGUGAACUACCGAAUGUUGUGAUUUGGUGCAGUAACUGUAAGAGUGAAAUCAGAUGGGAAUGAUUGUGAGUUAUAGCACAGGAUGAGAAGUCUGGACUCCUAAUGCUGCCACUGGCUUGGUAUCUAGCCUUGGGCAAGUCACUUAACUUGUUUGUGUCUUGGUUUCCAUAUCUGUAGUAGAGGCAUUGUGUGACAUAACUGGUGUUUGUAAAGCAUUUGAUGUUUCUCUAAUGCCUUUUGAAGUAUCAUUCUUACUCAGGAAAAGCACUAUUUACCCUUGCACCCUCCACCCACCACCUUGUGAAAUUUGACCAGUUCCUCAUUAAUUCUCCAACAUUUACCAUGACGCUCAUGGGUGCGGCUAAAUCACAUCAGCAAAAUUAUAAAAACGAGGACGAGAACGGGUUUUUGUUCUGCUCCAGCUGUGGAAUGUACAGACCCACAGCUGGGGUGGGAGGUGAGGUGAGUGGGAGGAGCCAGAGGGAACGGACCCCAAAGGGUGACUUUGCCUUUGUCAAAGAGUUUAUAUUCUGGUGCACUUCAUGGCUUUGAGCUAUCACUACCCUUGCUACUGUUAAAGUGAAUGUCCUCCUUGUUCCAACUUGCCAGCUAAGCAAAGGCUGUUGCUGCUGCCCCAGGUGUGAGUGUUUGGAAGCUGUCAUUCUGUGCAUUGCCUUUCCUUUAGACAGCCGUUUUGUUUAUUAUGUAUGUUUUUAAAAAAAAAAAAUCUUCUUGUGACCUUUUGUAAAGGCAAAAUAAACAUUAGCUCUGACUAAUAAAUCAAUGGAGCUGAUCUGAA